AUGUGCAACGCAUUAGGUGAAGGCAAGCAGGGACGGAUUAAGAAAUUUGAGCUAGUUAAGGCGACCAUCAAUGACCAUAAUAGUGAUAUAUACAUGUACUCAUUUUUUUCAGCGGAGAUGGCAUGGGCGGUAGCUCUGACUCGCUGGAUGCUGGUUCUGCCCCAGAAGGCAAGAACGGAAGUGUCAAGUGACUAUGCAGGGGGAGCGUUAGCUCGUCUCGUGUCGUCUUGGUGCAAGAGGGAUGUACAAGAUGAAAAACAAACUUCACAAUUUAUAUUAGUUUUGCAGAAUAAGAAAAUGGCAGCCAUGGAAGAACCAAUACUCUCGAGACUAAACCGACUGGAUAAUAUUUUGAAACAAUUGGAAGACAUCAAGAGCCUUGACCAUUCUCCCAAAAGCUCGUGUGCAUCCACUUUCUCAAGUGGAACCCUCACAAGUGACGGCCAAGCAUCGUCAGUUGAUUACUCGCCAAAAAGCUUGGAGAAGCAUUGCCUGCCCAUUAAUGAAGUGAUAUUGGAAGUCAAGCGCAAGGGAACACUCAUCGAAAGACUAGUCCAUGUGGAGGACCGCGUCUUCAAGAUUUGUAUGCAAUUUGAAGAAGAGCUGGAGGCGGAAAAGCACAGAGACGAGACGCCAUCGGCAGAGAAGAAUUCACCUAAGAAGGUCUUGAAGAAGAUGCUGAAAACUUGUGUAGGAGGAGGACAUGGGAAGCAUAAGAUCAAAGAUUGA